AUGCUGGCCUUGUUCAGAUAUUUGGACCGUGGGUAUGAGAGUAGCGAAAUCAAAUCCGUCGAAAGCCCAAGACUUCUAAGAGAAUCAGUACCAACUGUUGUGAAACUCCCCGAAGCACAUCAAAUAUCUGCCAUUCCACAAAACGCAACUCUUGCACUAAGUCAAACAUUCCAUCCACAAAUCUUCCAAAUUCCACUCUCAACCUGUCUCUCAUCCACCUCAGAAACCCACAGAUUCUCCUCUGCUUUGCGCAUCGUCACUCCACCUACAUGUCCACCAGAACUACCGAAAUUAUGGACGUUGAUGUAUGCUAAGCCAGGCUGUCUUGACCCUAGCCUCUCCUCGCCUACGGAGCACAGCUACCCGCUUUACAGAUCGCUUUUCCAAUAUGUUUCUAGGGCUAAUCCAAGUGUAGAUGGCUAG